AUGAUGAAGGUCAGAGUAAACAGAUUUGGCCGUAUUGGACGCCUGGUUACUAGGGCUGCCAUCAAUUCUGGCAACGUGGACAUUAUUGCCAUCAGUGACCCCUUCAUUGACCUCAACUACAUGGUCUAUAUGUUCCAGUAUGACUCUACCCAUGGCAAGUUCAAGGGCACAGUCAAGGCUGAGAAUGGGAAGCUUGUCAUCAACGGGAAGGCUAUCACUAUCUUCCAGAAGCGAGAUCCCCCCAACAUCAAAUGGGGUGAUGCUGGCGCUGAGUAUGUUGUGGAGUCUACUGGCAUCUUCACCACCAUGGAGAAGGCUGGGGCCCAUUUGAAGGGUGGGGCCAAAGGGGUCACCAUCUCUGUCCCUUCUGCUGAUGCCCCCAUGUUUAUGAUGGGUGUGAACCAUGAGAACUAUGACAACUCCUUCAAGAUUGUCAGUAACGCUUCCUGCACUACCAACUGCUUAGCCCCCCUGGCCAAGGUCAUCCAUGACAACUUUAACAUUGUGGAAGGAAUCAUGACCACAUUCCAUGCCAUCACUGCCACCCAGAAGACUGUGAAUGGCCCCUCCUGGAAGCAUCCACUGGUGCUGCCAAGGCUGUGGGCACGAUCAUCUCAGAGCUGA